AUGUCGCUAGUGCCUGGCGUGCAUUCUAGCAUCAGUACGGUAGACAAUCAAGUUCAUGCCAAACUCAAGAGACUCAUUAGUCAAGGGCUCUCCAACUCUCAUAUCCGAGCUUAUGAUCCGGAACUGCGGCAGAGUGCGCUACUGUUUGCGACCAGGUUAGGCGAGAUUAUGGAUCACUUUGAGCCUGAUCAAUCGGAUGUUGGUGAAGACGGCUGGACCGUUCCGAAGAACUUGGCGUCUUGGAGUAAUUACUUUACCUUUGAUGUCAUGUCCCAUCUCGUAUUCGGUACCUCGUACAACCUGCUUACAAAUUCAGAGAACCACUGGGUCAUCGAUGGCGUCCUCGGCCAAAUGCGUCGUAUGAGCUUCCUUACAAUGCUUCCUGAGCUUGAAGAUAUGAGGUUCGACCUACUCUUGUUCCCCGGUGCUCGCCGCAUGGCGUACCAGUUUGCUGUAAAGAGCAGGGAGAUUAUGGAGGCAAGGAAAAUUAGAGAGAAAGCUAUGGAAGGCCAAGAAACCAAGGUCGAUCUCUUCUCCAAACUGCUUGCCGCAAAAGAUCCCGAGACGGGAGAAGGCCUCCCUGACAAGCAGCUGUGGGCCGAGAGCAACGUGAUGAUAAUUGCAGGCUCUGACACCUCGUCCACUGCCAUUGCGGCGACUCUGUUCUACUUGUCUCGCAAUCCCUCGGCAUAUGCCCGCGUCACCAAAGAGGUCAGGUCCACAAUCACUACCCCCCCAAGACAUUUGCCAGGGAGCAAAACUGCUCUCGUGCACAUAUCUCCGUGCUUGUAUUCUCGAGUCAAUAUGCCUCAGCCCGCCGGCUGGAGGGGUUGUGAGAUCGGUACGGGCAUCUAUGCAGUACAUCACAAUGAGGAGUACUACCACGACCCCUUGGAGUUUCGGCCGGAGCGCUGGCUUGCGGAUGAGGUUGGUGAUGAAGCUGUGGCCAAGGCUCAUUCUGCCUUUGACGCUUUCUCCCAGGGGCCACGGGGAUGCCCCGGUAAGAGUCUAGCAUUGAUUGAGAUUCCUUUCGCGCUGGCUGCUGUUAUUAUAGGUUAUGACUUCCGAAAGGUCGAGUCAAGCUUGGGAGAAGUGGGUGAGGAAAAGGGCAAGUUUGCUGGCCAGUAUCAGACAUCCUGGGCGUUUAGCAGUCUCAAAGAUGGACCGUACCUGCCGUUUAAACGGAUCAAGUCUUAA